AUGUCAUCGUGCGAAACCUGCUGUUCAAUCUUGAAUGUCUUGAAAAACACCACAGACGAAUGGACACAAGUUCAAUUGGGAAGUCAUGAGCAAGUGAUGCGAUUAUCGACAUGUGAAGAUCACAAGAAACUUCUAGCCCACACGCUGCGGAUCGACGAUAGUAUUGAACUGCCGAGGAGUUACGCCGUGACAAAUUCAGCAAAUGGGCAUGUAAUCGAUAUCGUGGGGCGCCGUGCCUAUAACCGUGAUUUGUUGGUCCACGACGUUCACCUUAUUAGUGAUUCACAAUCAUCAACUUCGAUAUGUAGAGGCCGGGUUCCUCAUCGAGAUUGGAUCGAUAGAAGCCUCCUUCAGGACUGGAUCACCUCUUGCGAGAGACGGCAUUCAAGGAAGUGUGAUCAACAUCUGAACACUAUAUCUGCGACUAUUCGACCCACGUACUUGGUUGACACCUGGCUUGAAUGUCUGGUCCAACCAUGUGGAAGCGAGCCAUACGUAGCUUUGAGCUAUGUCUGGGGCGGUGCACAAGUAUUUCGUACUCUGAAAGGAAACAAAGAGCUUCUAAUGCGGCACCGGGCUCUUGCACCGGGAAAUCGAGAUGUGUUAAUACCGAAUACCAUUCGAGAUGCGAUGCGAUUGGUCCCUGUGCUUCAUGAGAGAUACCUUUGGGUUGAUUCAUUAUGUGUACUGCAAGAUGAUGAAAAUAAGCACUUAGAACUCCUUAACAUGUCAGCGAUAUACGCAAAUGCAACUAUCACAAUAGUUGCCGCCCAAGGUAGUGAUGCAAAUUAUGGUUUGAGAGGCCUAAGUGGGAUAUCGCGACCCCGCUCAUUGAACAAACCUGUUUACUCAAUAGGACCCGCUCGUAUAUCUAUACCAACGGUACCGCGGUCGUCUGGCAAUCUAAGCCACCUCAGCACUUGGAGAACCAGAGGAUGGACGUUACAAGAGGAAAUAUUCUCUAGGAGAAAAUUAAUUUUCGAGGCCGAUGUCGUACGCUGGGAUUGCGAGGUGGCCGUCUGGUUGGAAGAUGUGAAGUCAACCGAAAGUCCACGCCAAUCAAAUCAAUUGCCCGAUCCCAGCAAAAGGAGCAAAAGGCUAUUCUACCUCAUCUAUCCUGAUGUGUAUGACUUCGUGAACCUGCUGACAAACUUCAAUAUUCGUGAGCUCACAUAUCCAGAAGAUGCUUUGAGCGCAUUCGAAGGUUUAGCCCAAGCACUGAACCAUUCGUUUUUGGGGGGGUUCAUCUCUGGGCUUCCUUCAGGUUUCUUUGAUAUUGCACUGAUUUGGAACGGCACUGACAACCUCUCUCGCCGAGUUUCGAAGUCUACGGAUGGUGCACGUAGCCUUCCCAGCUGGAGUUGGGCUGGCUGGAAAGGUUCAUUAAACCCGUGGAUGUGGACUGAGGCAGCUGAAUGGGUCAAAUAUUCAGACGACGCCUAUUGUGGUAGCGCUGCAUUUGCUACUCCUUUGACCAAAUGGAGUUACAAGCAGUCCAUAACCGAUGUCGGCGUUUCAAUACACAAUGUCUGGUAUGAAUAUCGGUCAAAUUACACAGAAGGAGAUCUGCCUUGUCCGUCAGGUUGGACAAGACACCCUGUAUCCGAGUCGCCAAAUAAUGGUAGAAGCGUGAACGUAAAGCCAAAGUGGCAGUGGUUCUACAAGCACGAGUCAGUACCAGACGUAGAGUUUUGGUAUCCUCUUCCCCUUGCACAGGAACCUGUCAAGCCCGCUUUGAUUAUUGCUCCGUUUAUCUCAUGCACUACGAAGAGGGCGUGGUUGGUUGUUUCUGAGCCGGCAGACACUCACUAUCCUAUGGUGUCACUCCGAGAUGCUAGGGGGAGAUGGGCUGGGACAUUGCAGCCAGAUGAAUGUGGUGGAGUUGAUGAGAGCAAGACUCAGCAGCAAAAGCUACGCGGCGCAAGAUUAGAGCUCGUUGAGAUUGUCACUGGAUUUUCAGCAGAUCAUAAUGCUGAUUAUCCCUACAAGUCUGGUAUCCCACCUGAGAUGAUCCCUAAAAUUGGAAAUUUAUACCACUACUACUAUGUGCUAUGGAUCGAAUGGGAGAACGGCAUUGCCUAUAGAAAAGGUAUUGGUAAGAUCUGGAAGGAUAUGUGGGAGGAGCAAGAUCGUGAGACAAUCGACCUGAUCAUGGGUUAA